ACAGUGCUGCAAAGCGCUCGCUCACAAAUCAGCUGCUGUGGUGCUUGUAAAAAAAAUACGAAACGCAGGCGACGAUAUUUCUCACAUAAGAGCAGAUUUUCAGCUUGCUUUCGUUUCGGACAAACAAUACAAUGCUGACGAAUUGUGCCGCCAAGACGCUUUCCGCCGUUCGCUGCGGAAUACGCGCCAUUGCCACAAGCAGCGCUCGCGCCAGCGACAACCUGUUCGUGCAUCGUGACACCCCGGAGGACAACCCGAACAUUCCGUUCGAGUUCACGCCGGAGAACAAGAAGCGCGUGGAGGCCAUACUCAGCAUCUAUCCGGAGGGUCAUAAGCGCGGCGCUAUGAUCCCACUCCUGGACUUGGCCCAGCGCCAAUACGGCUGGCUACCCAUUUCCGCCAUGCACAAGGUGGCCGAGAUCCUGGAGCUGCCGAAUAUGCGCGUCUACGAGGUGGCCACCUUCUACACGAUGUUCAUGCGUAAGCCCACGGGCAAAUACCACAUUCAGGUGUGCACCACCACGCCCUGCUGGCUGCGCGGCUCCGACGAGAUCCUCGAGACCUGCAAGAAACAGCUCAGCAUUGGAGUUGGUGAGACCACCAAGGAUAAGAAGUUCACCAUCUCGGAGGUGGAGUGCCUGGGCGCCUGUGUAAACGCCCCCAUGGUGUCCGUCAACGACGAUUACUAUGAGGAUCUGACGGCCAAGGACAUGCAGAACAUCCUGGCCGAUCUGAAAGCGGACAAGCCAUCGCCACCGGGACCGCGCAACGGUCGCUUCGCUAGCGAGCCGAAGGGUGAGCCCACUUCGCUGAUCGAGGAGCCGAAAGGUCCUGGCUUUGGUCUGCAGCCCGGCCUCUAGAGAGUGGCAAGCAGUCACCACAGAUGCCACCAUACCUAUCACUGAUUGUCGAACGAAAGUUAAAUAAAAGUUAAGCAACUCGUA